CCUCCGCAACGUCAUCCGGACGCACCUCCGCAUCCGACAACUGCUGCAUCCAAAUGCCUGCAAUGACCGGGUUGCGACAGACCUAAACCAUCCCCAGUGGUCGAAGACUUCAGCUGACCGGAGACCUCGCACAGAGCGACGUCUCAACCACGCCAUCCAUGGCUUCCACCGAGCCCACCCGCUCCAGGGUCACGCCAUACCUGGUCUAUCUCGUGUUCAUCACAACUCUGGGACCGCUGCAAUUCGGGUAUCAUCUGGCCGAGCUGAACGCCCCGCAAGCCGUCAUCACCUGUAACCGAAAGAGCAUCCAUGCCUCACCAACGGCAACCUCUCUCCCACAAUGCAUCCCCAUGAACGCCUCACAAUUCGGCCUCGUAUCCUCCAUCUACACUCUCGGUGGCCUCCUGGGAGCCCUGCUGGCAGGGCCCAUUGCGACCAAACAUGGCCGUCUCUUCGCUCUACGAGCCACAACCAUCUUCUUCAUCCUCGGCCCCAUCGCUGAAACCCUCGCAUCCGACAUCCCACUUCUCAUCCUCGGUCGACUGCUCUCUGGAAUCGGCGCCGGCGCCUCCAUCGUCGUCGGCCCCAUCUACAUCUCGGAGAUCGCACCCCCCAGCGCAAAAGGCUUCUUCGGCGCCUUCACGCAAGUCAUGACCAACGUCGGCAUCCUCUUCACCCAAUCCCUGGGAUACUUCCUCAGCGACGGAAGCACAUGGAGAAUCAUCCUCGCCGUGGCCGGUUUCCUCGGCAUAUUGCAACUCCUGGGUCUCGCCCUCGUCCCCGAAAGCCCAACCUGGCUCGCCGAACACCAAAAGGCCCCCCUCGCCAGAAAGGUCCUGCAACGCAUCCGCGGCAAAACUGCCGACAUCGACGCAGAGAUCGAUUCCUGGCCCUCCUCAUCACCCCCAACCCCCAUCACCGGCGAAGAACAAUCCCUCCUCACCCCACCCUCCGGCAACAUCCCACCCAAACAACCCCCCGUGACGAUCCUCCAUGCCAUCACCUCCCCGACCUACCGGCCCGCCAUCAUCGCCGUCGUCAGCGUGAUGAUCGCGCAGCAAUUCACCGGCAUCAACAGCAUAAUCAUGUACAGCGUGUCUCUACUACAAACCAUCCUCCCCACAACCGCCGCCCUCCUCACCGUGGCCAUCUCCGUCCUAAACCUCCUCAUCACACUCGCCUGCUCCCCGCUCCCCGACAAAAUCGGCCGUCGAACCUGCCUCCUUCUCAGCAUCUCCGGCAUGGGAAUCAACUCCGCCCUCCUCGCCCUCGGCAUCUUCUUCAACCUGAAGGUCCUCUCCGCCAUCGCCGUCCUGCUUUUCGUCGCCUGCUUCGCCGUCGGUCUCGGUCCCGUGCCCUUCAUCCUUGCGUCGGAGCUUGUCGGCCCCGAGGCGGUCGGCGCGACGCAGAGCUGGGCCCUCGCGGCCAAUUGGAUCGCUACUUUUGUCGUCGCGCAGUUCUUCCCCAUGUUGAAUGAUGCGUUGGGUGGCAGGGGCAAGAUCUAUUGGGUUUUUGCGUGCAUGGCGGGCUUGAUGGGCGGGUUUAUCUUUUGGAAGGUUCCUGAGACGAAGGGGAAGGGGAGCGCAGAUGAGGUUUGGGGGAGGGAGGGGAGGAGGAGAACGGAUUGAGUUUCGAGUUAGUGUUAAUGUUAGUGUUAGUGUUAGUUGUUCGGUGAGGGUAGGAUGUAGGGGUCCUUUUUCCCUUUCUCCCCCCUUUUCUUUGUUGUUCGUUGGUAAGAUGCGGGCGCCGUUUUGCCCUGUUUGUUGCUUGUGACUGUGGUGACUGGUGCGAGUGUAGGUAGGUAGGUAGGUAGGUAGGUAGUAGUGGACCUCUGUUUGGUGCUGGAGAGGUUGGUAGAGUAAUGAUAUUUUCUACUUGGAUAGAACGGAGCGUCUGUGCUGUGUAGCGUAAGCAGGACUGAAGUCAUCCUGGGUCCUACUGCAACACCUCGGCGUUUCAAGUUUGAAAGGCGAAGAAGUACUAUGCCAAAGAACAAUCCCGGUUUUGUUUAUGAGAAUCC